AUGCAACCGUCAAAGAUCACCAGCCCGAUGCACUUUUCUUUUCUGGUAAGCCGACAGCUUCAAAUUCCGGAAGUACGUUGCAACAAUACUGAUCUCCCCGACCACCCCGCUUACCGCCGUUUCCCAACCCCGCCUCAAGCUGACAGCAAAGUGAAGGAUGACGAUGAUGAUGAGAGUAAAGAAUCUGAUGAUGAAGAUGAUGAUGAUGACGAAGAUGAUGAUGAUGAAGAUGAUGAAAGCAGUGAGGAAAGUUCAGAAGAAGAAAGUAGUAGUGAGGAUGAAAGAACUCCGACAGAAAGAGCCAAAGAAAAGAUUAUUAUAAACACUAAAACACUUUCUUCCUUUUUUUUCUUCUUUAUUCUUUCAUUCCUUAUUCUUCUUCUUUCUUUUCUUUUCUUUCUUUCUCUUCUUUCUUCCUUCUUUUUUUCUUUUUCCUUCUUUUUUCAUUUUUUUUUUCUCUCUUUCUUUCUUUCUUUCUUUCUUUCUUCUUUCUUUCUUCUUCUCUUUUUCAUUUUCAUUCUUUCUCUUUUCUUUCCUUCUUUCUUUUUUUCUUUCUUUCUUUCUUCUUUCUUUUCUUUUUCUUCUUCCUUCUUUUUUUCAUUUUUCUUUCUUUUCUUUCUUUUCUUUCUUUUCUUUCUUUCUUUCUUUCUUUCUUUCUUUCUUUCUUCUCUUUUUUCUUUCAUUCUUCUUUCUUUCCUUCUUCUUUUUCCUUAUUUCUUUUCUUCUUUUUUUUGUUUUCUUUUUUCCUUUUUCUUUCUUAUUUCUUUUUUUUUCUUUCUUUCUUUCUUUCUUUCUUUCUUUCUUUCUUUCUUUCUUUCUUCUCUCUUUUCGUUCAUUCUUCUUCCUUUCCCCAUCCUUCUUUUUUUCCUUAUUUCUUUUUUCUUUCUUUUCUUUUUUUUCAUUUUUCUUUUCCUUUCUUUUCUUUUUCAUUCUUUUUCCUCUCUCUCUUUUCUUUCUUUUUCUUUCUUUCUUUCUUUCUUUUUCUUUCUUUCUUUUCUUUCUUUUCUUUCAUUUUUCAUUUCUUUUUCUUUCUUUUCUUUCUUUCUUUCUUUUUCUUUUUUCUUUUUCUUUCCUUCUUUCUUCUUUCUUUCUUUCUUUUUCUUUCUUUCUUUCUUUCUUUCUUUCUUUCUUUCUUCUCUUUUCUUUCAUUCUUCUUUCUUUCCUUCCUUCUUUUUCCUUCCUUCUUUUUUCCUUAUUUCUUUUUUCUUCUUUCUUUCUUUUUUCAUUUUUCUUUCUUACUUCUUUUUUCUUCUUUCUUUCUCUCUUUCUUUCUUUCUUUCUUUCUUUCUUUCUUUCUUUCUUUCUUCUCUCUUUUCGUUCAUUCUUCUUCCUUUCCCCUUCCUUCUUUUUUUCCUUAUUUCUUUCUUCUUUCUUUCUUUUUUCUUCCUUCUUUUUUCAUUUUUCUUUCUUACUUCUUUUUUCUUCUUUCUUUCUUUCUUUCUUUCUUUCUUUCUUUCUUUCUUUCUUUUUCUUUUUCAUUCAUUCUUUCCCUUUCCUUUCUUUCUUUCCUUCCUUCCUUCCUUUCUUUCUUUCUUUUUUCUUUCUUUUUUUCUUUCUUUCCUUCUUUUUCUUCUUUUUUUAUUUCUUUCUUUCUUUCUUUCUUUCUUUCUUUCUUUCUUUCUUCUCUCUUUUCGUUCAUUCUUCUUCCUUUCCCCUUCCUUCUUUUUUCCUUAUUUCUUUCUUCUUUCUUUUUUCUUCCUUCUUUUUUCAUUUUUCUUUCUUAUUUCUUUUUUCUUCUUUCUUUCUUUCUUUCUUUCUUUCUUUCUUUCUUUCUUUCUUCUCUCUUUUCGUUCAUUCUUCUUCCUUUCCCCAUCCUUCUUUUUUUUUUAUUUUUCUUCUUUCUUUCUUUUUUCUUCCUUUUUCUUUCUUUUUUCUUUUUUUCUUUCUUUUUCUUUCUUUCUUUCUUUCUUUCUUUCUUUCUUUCUUCUCUCUUUUCGUUCAUUCUUCUUCCUUUCCCUUCCUUCUUUUUCUUUUUUUUCUUUUUUCUUUCUUCUUUCUUUCUUUCUUCUUUCUUUUUUUUCUUUCUUUUUUUUUCUUUUUUCUUCUUUCUUUUUUUCCUUCUUUUUUUCUUUCUUUCUUUUUUUCUUUCUUUCUUUUUCUUUCUAUUCUUUUCGUUCUUCUUCCUUUCCCUUCCUUCCUUUUUCCUUUCAUUUCUUUCUUCUUUUAUUUCUUUUUUCUUCUUUCCUUAUUUCUCCUUCCUUUUUCUUCUUCUUUUUUUCUUCUUUUUUCUUCUUUCUUCUUUCUUCUUUCUUUUUUCCUUCUUUUUCCUUCUUUGUUUUCUUUCAUUCUUUUUUCUUUCUUUCUUCUCUCUUUUCUUCUUUUUUUCUUUUCCCCUUCUUUUUUUUCUUAUUUCUUUCUUCUUUAUUUCUUUUUUCUUCCUUCCUUUUUCAUUUUUCUUUGCUUCUUUUUCUUUCUUUCUUCUUUCUCUCUCUUCGUCUCUCUCUUUUUUGUUCCUUCUUCUUCCUUUUUUCCUUCUUUUCCCUUUCUUUCUUCUUUCUUUUUUCUUCCUUCUUUUUUCAUUUUUCUUUCUUACUUCUUUUUUCUUCUUUCUUUCUUUCUUUCUUUCUUUCUUUUCUUCUCUUUUUCGUUCAUUCUUCUUUUUCCUUUCCCCCUUUUUUCCUUUUUCCUUUUCUUUCUUUUCUUCCUUUUUUUUUUUUUCUUUUCUUUCUUUUCUUUCUUUCUUUCUUUCUUUCUUUCUUUUUUCUUUUCUUUUCUUUUCUUCUCUUUCUUUCAUUCUUCUUCCUUUCCCUUCCUUGCUUUCCUUAUUUCUUUCUUUCUUUCUUUUUUUUCUUUUUUUUUUCAUUUUUCUUUCUUACUUCUUUUUCUUUCUUCUUUCUUUUUUUUUCUUUCUUUCUUUCUUUCUUUUUCUUUUUUUUUUCUUCUUUCUUCCUUUUUCCUUCCUUCUUUUUUCCUUUUUCUUUUUUCUUCUCUUUUUUUUUUCAUUUUUUCUUUCUUUCUUCUUCUUCUUUUCGUUCAUUCUUCUCUUUCUUCCCUUCCUUCUUUUUUCCUUAUCCUCUCUUUUCAUUCAUUCUUCUUCCAUUUCCCUUCCUCCCCCUUGUUCUUUCCUUUCCCAUUUCUUCCUUCUUUUUUUUUCUUUUUUUUUACUUAUUUCUUUUUUCUUCCUUUCUUUUUUCUUUUCUUCGUUACUUUUUCUUUUCCCUUCCUUCUUUUUCCUUAUUUCUUUUUUUUCUUCUUUUCUUUUUCUUCCUUCUUUUUUCAUUUUUUUCUUUCUUCUUUAUCUCUCUUUUUUUCUUUCUUUCUUUUCUUCACACCCUUAUUCUUUUCUUCUAUUUCUUUUUUCUUUUUCUUUUCUUUCUGUUCUUCUCUUCCUUCUUUAUUUUUUCCUUUCUUUUACUGUUUUUCCUUUUUCUUUCUUUUCUUUUCUUUCUUUCUUUCUUUCUUUCCUUCAUGCCUUUUUCUUCUUUUUGCUCUUCUUCUUUCUUUUUCUCUUUCUUUCUUUCUUUCUUCCUUCCUUCCUUCCUUUCUUAUUUUCAUGAUUUUUUCUGUUCCUCUCAUUUUUUUUCUUUCUUUCUUUUUUCUUUCUUUCUUACACUCUUUCUUUGUUUCUUUUUUCUUUCUUUUCUUUAUCUUCUUUGCCCCUUUUUUUUUUUUUUCCCCCUUCCCUUCCUUUUUGGGAAAAUUUUCCCCCUUUCCUUUAAAAACCCCCCCCGGGUUCCUUUUUUUUGGGGGGCCCCCCCCUUCCUUUUUUUUGGGAAAAAACCAAAAACCCCCUUUUUUUCCUUUUCCCCGGGGAAAAAACCCCUUUCCCUUUUUUUUUAA